GAACCGAAUACAGCUCUUAUUGUGAAGGGACAGCUCUUAUUGUGAAGGUCCCGGCCAGCAGGAGCCUCUCCCUCCCUCCCUCCGUCGGAUCAGAGUUCAGCGUCCCUUUCCCGUCCCGAACCGAACCGAAGCGGAGCCGAGCCAUGUCCUUCCUGCUGCCGCUGCUGAUCAGCCUCCUGCUCGGUCUGCUGCUCUGGAUCCUCCGCGGCAGAACCAGGAAACCAGGCGAGCCUCCACUGGUGAAAGGCUGGAUCCCGUUCGUGGGGAAGGCUCUGGACUUCGGGAAGGACGCUCACAAGUUCCUGGAGGAACAUAAGAGGGAGUAUGGGGACGUGUUCACGGUCCGGAUCGCAGGUAAAUACAUGACCUUCAUCAUGGACCCCCUGCUGUACCCCAGUAUCAUCAAGCAGGGCCGGCAGCUGGACUUCCACGAGUUCACCAACAAGGUGGCUCCUCUGACCUUCGGCUACCCGCCCGUCCUCCGCACCGCCUUCCCCGGCCUCUGGGAGCAGAUCAAGCGCUCCUUCCAGCUGCUGCAGGGGGACCACCUGGCACCGCUGACAGAGAGCAUGAUGGGUAAUCUGAUGCUGGUGUUCCGUCAGGACCACCUGAACGGGGAAAGCGACUGGAGGAGAGGCAGCCUGUACGAGUUCUGCUGCUCCGUCAUGUUCGAGGCCACCUUCCUGACCAUCUACGGCAGGCCAGCGACCGGCGUCCGCCACGGAGGGAUGGACCGUCUGAUGAACGACUUCCACAAGUUCGACAACAUGUUCCCGUUCCUCAUCGCUCAGAUUCCCAUCUGGCUGCUGGGGCGGACCCUGGCCGUCCGCCAGAAGCUGAUCUCCUACUUCCUGCCACAGCACAUGGCCCAGUGGACCAACACUUCCCAGUUCAUCCAGAGAAGAGCCGAGCUGUUUGAGCAGCACGACGAGCUGAAGGACGUCGAUAAAGCUGCUCAUCACUUCGCUAUCCUGUGGGCGUCAGUGGGCAACACGCUCCCCGCUACCUUCUGGGCCGCCUACUUCCUGGUGAGUCAGGUGGAGGCGUUGAAGGUGGUGCGCCAGGAGAUCGUUGAUGUCCUGCGGGACAGUGGAGUGGACUUCAGCAACAGCAGCGACAUCAUGCUCAGCAAAGAGCAGCUGGACAAGCUCGUCUUUCUGGGUGCGUUCCAGUUCACGUUCAGGUCAGUGGUGCAGCGGGUCGAUAACGGGCCGUCUCCAUCCUCAGAGAGCGCCAUCAACGAGAGCCUCCGCCUGUCCUCGGCCUCCAUGAACAUCCGGGUGGCCCAGGAGGACUUCAGUCUGCGGCUGGACUCCGACCGAUCGGUGGGCGUCAGGAAGGGAGACAUCAUCGCCCUGUACCCUCAGAGUCUGCACCUGGACCCCGAGGUCUACGACGACCCACAGACGUUCCGGUUUGACCGUUUCGUGCAGGACGGCAGAGGGAAGACAGAUUUCUCCAAAGACGGACAGAAGCUGUCCUACUUCCUGAUGCCGUUCGGUUCCGGAUCGUCCAUGUGUCCCGGUCGAUACUUUGCCAUCAACGAGAUCAAGCAGUUUGUCUGUCUGCUGCUGCUGUACUUCGACCUGCAGCUGGAGGACGGGCAGAACCGACCCGGUCUGGACCCGAGCCGAGCCGGUCUGGGAAUCCUGCUGCCCUCCUCGGAUAUCCGGUUCCGCUACAGACUGCGGUCCGUGUGACCCGGAGCGGCGCUGAAGUCCAGAUGUCUUGUUCCCUCUGGAGGUUCUCAGGGUCUGGACUCAGUCCGGAGGUUUGGGUUCUGGUCGGGGGUUGGGUCCACCUGGAGGACUGUGAUGGCGCUGCAGCAGAGAUCAUGCUGGAGGGAGUGACUGCUAACAGCGCCUCCUGCUGGUCAAGCUGCAGAACUGUCCCAGAUUAAACCUGGUUCUGAUCCAAUUUGUCAGGGCCGCCCCAAGCCUCCAUGGGGCCCUAAGCAAAAUUUGGUUUUGGGGCCCUCUAGUUCUGCUAUUAAUGUGGACCGGCUGGAAUCAGCAGCCCGAUCAUUAGAUCAUUCAUUCAAUUUAAUUAUAGAAAUAUCCAGAGAAUCAACUCAUUUAAAGUUUAAACUCAGUUUCACACAAAGACGCAGCAUAAAUGUUUACUGCUGAACUGGACCGGUCCAGGUCGCUAUCAAGCUAAUGUUCUGUUAGCAGCUUUACUAAUCUUUACAUGACAUUAGCAAGGCUCAUUAAAACAAACCUUUAUCUUG